AUGGUCAACGAAAGCGAAUACUCUGUAGUGGAUUACGAAGGCGAUUAUGUUCUUCCCGAUGCCAAAGAAGCGCCCCUAGCCAUUCGUCUCAUCCAAAUUCAGCCGCGCGAGCCUGACAAAAGUCCAUUUUCAAGUACAAUCAAACUGAAAAUGCGUGUUGAUGAACAAGCCCCGGAACACGGAAGGCUAGGUAGACUCAGUCGCUUGGCUAGCAAAUUAACCUUGAAAGCGAAGGUUCCUGAGAAAGACCUCACCAUUGUCCCUAUGAAUGAGAUUCCAGAAGGAGAGCCAAAGAUGCGGGAUAGGUUUACUUGGGGAAAUUACGUGGCCAUGUCAUAUUCAUGGGGAAAGAAGGAGGAGUGGGAGAUGACGGACAAGGAUCGGAAAGAAGCCGCAGAGAAAGAAGAAGAGGCAAGACAAAAGAGGUUGAACGAGUUGAGCUACGACUCUAGUGACGACGAAAAAGAAGACACCAAUGGCCAAUAUACAGACGGCGAAGUCCACCAUGUGCUUCUUGACGGUCGGCGCAUUCGAAUCCGCUACAACCUCUGGGCCGCACUGCUCGCUUUCCGAGAAAUGAAACCUUUUCAAAGCAUAUGGCUAUGGAACGAUGCAUUAUGCAUCAACCAGCAGAUGACGGACGCAGGAUUCAAAGAAAGAGCAAGACAAAUCCCACUGAUGUCCGUCAUCUAUCGUCAAGCCGGAAACAUCAUCGUUCACCUUGCCAGCGGUUACUUCCGGGAUGAAGACACGCCAUGGGUUUUGGACUACCUCCAGGGCAUUGGCGCAAAUUACCGAACCGAGUACUACGAGGCACUCGACCACGCCGAGCCCACCAUCGCACAGUCGCAUCGGCAGAAAGCCAAAUCCCAGCUUGAAAGGUCGGCGAAGGAGUGGGUGGAAGUCAUGAAAGCCGAUCUCCAAAAGUCUGCACGACAGGGCGACAACGACUACGCCAUGAUCUCGCUGUACGAUUUCUUCGAUCGCCCGUACUGGCGACGACUCUGGAUCAUCCAGGAACUCGCCAUGGCUCAUCAUAGCGCGCCCAUACUGUGUGGUGAUUUUGUCACGCAGUGGCGAUAUAUUCGCGACGGCGCGUUGUUGCUGAGCAUGAUGGCGGAUACAAUUCGCGAUGCGAUGCAGCGUGCGCUCAAACGAGCAAAUAGGACCAUGAAGAGCGAGCCGUCUUUCGAACAUGUCGCUGCCAUUGCGGAGCUUUCUGUGUCUGGAAACAGGAAGUCGGUGCAGCAGACUAAUGAACUACUGCUGCUGUUGAAGCCCGGCGUCAUGGAGGCGAAAAAUCACUCGAAUUCUCUAAGGCUGACAUCAAACGGUAUUGGGGGAAUGCGCAUGCCGCUUAUGAAGACACUGCCUGGCUCGCCGAUUCAGCAAUCGCUAACGCUCGCCGCUGACGCCCAGUGCUUCAUGGAUAAGGAUAGAGUCUUGGGGCUACUUGCAAUCCCAGCGCUCUCGACGCUACCUUUACACAAUGAUACUCACCUUGCCAGUUUACCGACGACGGAUAUCUACGUCCAAUAUGCUAAAGCAUGUAUCCAAGCCGACCACUCGCUGGGUAUCUUCGCCUUUCUCGAAGGAGGCAUGUCUAAUCCGCACAAAGGAAGACGCGUCCCAUCUUGGUGUCCUAGCUUCCAUCUCAAAUCCAAGAUUGGCCGCCUCCAGGGUGAUUGGCACCCGCAUCCACGACGCCCGAUAUAUACUCGAGGCGACUCCGAGUCAUGGGAGUUCGAGGACGAGUUCGCCCCAAAGUUCGAGGGCGAUAUUAUGACCUGCCCUGGGUGGGUUAUCGACUCUGUUGAUGUUAUGCAAGGCGUUCCGACGCGAAUCUGGUCCACGCUUGUCGGGGGAACAAGCACGCAUGGCAAAAGGGCGCCAGAUAGCUUCAAUUGUCUGCUUACCUCGUUUCCAGAAUCAAGGCCGCGCGACAGCGACUUCCUAUACAAGCGCAACUGGGACUUCCUCCAAGCCAACCGCGACCUUCCCAUUGGCGGAAAACCGCUAUCUUCUUACUUUACCUCAGCUCCGACACCUACUUCGGGCCCCGACUUCAGGUAUCGCCCCGCUGCUCCCUCCGAUCCCACUAUCACAGAGGCCCAUCGCGCGAUGGAAGCUCGAACCAAGUUCCGCCGUUUGAUGACGACCUCGAACCGUCCCUUGAUGGGCCUUGUACCGGCGUCUACGCAGCAGGAAGAUGUUGUGAUUAUCCUGUGGUAUCAUAGUCGGCCACUGAUUGCGAAGGCGGUGAAGGAUAGCGAUAGCGAGGGGUAUAUGUUCUUGUUGAAGGGAGAGGCGUUUAUUCCAGGGAUUAUGGAUGGAGAACUUGUUGAUUCUGGGGAGUUGGAGGGUAUGGAGAUGACAAAUUUCAAGUUUUACUAG